AUGAUGAUGUCCCUGAGCAGCAAGCAGCCCUUCGGCCUCCCCCACGGCAGCGGCGGCAGCGGCGGCGGCCUCCACGAAACCAAGUACUCGGCCCUGCACACCGCCUCGCCCUGCCCCUCCGCCGGCGCCGCCGCCCCCGCCGCCAGCUCCCCCAGCAGCACCGGCACCGGGAGCUCCGCCGGACGCGGCUCCGGUACCAGCUCCGGCUCCGGCACCAGCAGCGGCGGCUCCGGUUCUGGCUCGGGCUCCGGCCCCGGCGGCGGCGCGGAGGCGAUGCGGCGGGCCUGCCUGCCCGCCCCUCCGAGCAAUAUAUUCGGCGGUCUGGACGAGAGCCUGCUGGCCCGCGCCGAAGCCCUGGCAGCGGUGGACAUCGUCUCCCCGAGCAAGAGCCACCACCACCACCCGCCUCACCACAGCCCCUUCAAGCCGGACGCCACUUACCACACCAUGAACACCAUCCCCUGCACGUCGGCCGCCUCCUCCUCCUCGGUGCCCAUCUCCCACCCGUCCGCCCUGUCGGGCACCCACCACCACCAUCACCACCACCACCACCAUCACCACCAGCCCCACCAGGCGCUGGAGGGAGAACUCUUGGAGCACCUGACGCCGGGGCUGGCACUGGGGGCAAUGGCGGCCCCCGACGGCGCCGUGGUCUCCACGCCGGGCCACGGUCCCCACAUGGCCGGCAUGAACCCCAUGCACCCGGCGGCGCUGGGCAUGGCCCACGCCCACGGGCUGCCGGCCCACAUGGGCUGCAUGAGCGACGUGGACGCCGACCCCCGCGACUUGGAGGCCUUCGCCGAGCGCUUCAAGCAGCGCCGCAUCAAGCUGGGGGUGACCCAGGCCGACGUGGGCUCGGCGCUCGCCAACCUGAAGAUCCCGGGGGUGGGUUCCCUCAGCCAGAGCACAAUCUGCCGCUUCGAGUCCCUCACCCUCUCUCACAACAACAUGAUCGCCCUCAAGCCCAUCCUGCAGGCCUGGCUGGAGGAGGCCGAGAAGUCGCACCGCGAGAAGCUGGCCAAGCCCGAGCUCUUCAGCGGUGCGGAGAAGAAGCGCAAGCGGACCUCCAUCGCCGCCCCCGAGAAGCGCUCUCUGGAGGCCUACUUCGCCCUCCAGCCCCGGCCCUCCUCCGAGAAGAUAGCUGCCAUCGCCGAGAAGCUGGACCUCAAGAAGAACGUGGUCCGCGUCUGGUUCUGCAAUCAGCGUCAGAAGCAGAAGCGCAUGAAGUACUCGGCCGGCAUCUGA